UUCGCCCAAAACCCAACUUCUUCUUCCUCUUUCUUCUUCUUCAUCCUUUAGCCAUGGUGGGGGGAACUUCUGGGGUCUGGUUAUCGUUCUGUUUCACCACUGUACUUCUUCCGUUUCUCGCUUUUUGCACCAAGCAAACGUACAUUGUCCAUAUGAAACAAGAUCAUAAACCUUCUACUUAUACCACCAAUCACGAUUGGUAUUCUGCCCAUCUCCAAUCUCUCAAAACCUCCGAUUCCGAUUCGGAUUCCCUACUCUACACUUACACCACCGCCUUCCAUGGCUUUGCCGCCGUCCUCGACCCAAACCAAGUACAAGCUCUCCGACAGUCCGAUUUCGUCCUCGAUGUUUACGAAGAAACUGUUUACACUCUUCACACAACUCGGACACCUGUGUUUCUCGGUUUGGAAAAUCAAUUAGGACUCUGGGACGGUCAUAACAUUCAAGACCUCAAUCAGGCAUCUCAUGAUGUUGUAAUCGGCGUUUUAGAUACUGGGAUCUGGCCGGAAUCUAAAAGUUUCGACGAUUCCGGCAUGCCUCCGGUUCCAGCGCGGUGGAAGGGAGAAUGCGAAGGUGGGGUUGAUUUCAGUCCUUCUUUAUGUAACAGGAAGUUAAUCGGGGCUAGGAGUUUCUCAAAGGGAUAUCAUAUGGCGGUUGGAAAUGAUCCGACGGUCAAGAGUAAGGAGAAUCCAACGCCGAGAGAUCAGGACGGUCACGGGACUCACACAGCGAGUACGGCAGCCGGAGCCCACGUAGCCAAUGCUAGCCUAUUCGGUUAUGCUAGCGGGACAGCGCGUGGGAUGGCUACGGCGGCGCGUGUGGCGGCUUAUAAAGUUUGCUGGAGUACAGGUUGUUUUGGGUCUGAUAUUCUUGCAGGUAUGGAUCGUGCCAUUGAUGAUGGUGUGAAUGUUUUAUCAAUGUCUCUGGGCGGCGGGUCUGGUGCCUAUUUUCGGGAUACAAUAGCUAUCGGAGCAUUUACUGCUAUGGAGAAGGGUAUUUUUGUUUCAUGCUCGGCAGGUAAUAGUGGUCCAGAGAGGGCUACUCUUGGAAAUGUUGCUCCUUGGAUAAUGACCGUUGGAGCCGGAACUUUAGAUCGUGAUUUCCCGGCGUACGCCGUGCUUGGAAAUGGGCAUCGAUUCGCCGGCGUUUCUCUAUACAGCGGCAAUGGAAUGGGGAAGAAGCAGGUGGAGAUAGUUUACAGCAAGGGUAACAACAGUCAGAGUAAUUUAUGUAUGCCCAAUUCGCUUGACCCGAAAUUGGUUCGUGGGAAGGUGGUUUUAUGCGACAGGGGUGUUGAUGCUCGUGUUGAGAAGGGUUUGGUGGUGAAACAAGCCGGAGGGGUAGGGAUGAUUUUGGCGAAUACGGCGGCUAGCGGCGAGGAGUUAGUGGCAGACAGUCAUUUGUUGCCGGCUGUGGCUGUGGGUAAGAAAGUAGGUGACCAGAUAAGGGAAUACGUUUUAAAAUCGGGGAAAAAGGCAACGGCUGUGUUGAGCUUUGGUGGAACUGUGUUGAAUGUUAAGCCAUCGCCGGUGGUGGCGGCGUUUAGUUCAAGGGGGCCGAAUAUGGUGACGCCGGAGAUUUUAAAGCCUGAUAUAAUUGGACCUGGUGUUAACAUAUUGGCUGGUUGGUCUAGUGUGAUAGGCCCGACCGGGCUUGAACAGGAUACAAGAAAAACUUCAUUCAACAUCAUGUCAGGAACAUCAAUGUCUUGCCCUCACAUAAGCGGCCUAGCCGCACUUCUGAAAGCAGCCCAUCCAGAAUGGAGUCCAAGCGCGAUCAAAUCCGCCCUCAUGACCACAGCAUACACAAAAGACAACACAAAUUCCCCACUACGCGAUGCAGCCGACGGCUCCAUUUCAAACUCUCAAAUCCACGGUGCGGGCCAUGUGAACCCACACCUGGCCAUCUCCCCAGGGCUCGUUUACGACAUUUCCACCUCAGAUUACAUCACAUUCCUCUGUACCCUGGGCUACGCCAUCGAACAUAUUCAAACCAUAGUGAAACACCCAAACAUAACUUGUUCGCGUAAAUUCCGCGAUCCUGGACAGCUCAACUAUCCAUCGUUCUCAAUUCUGUUUGGGAAAUCGAGGGUGGUGAGGUACACUCGGGUUUUGACUAACGUGGGAGCUGCAGGAUCGACUUACAACGUUUCUGUUGAUGGACCGGAAGAGGUGGCGGUGACGGUGAAGCCAACGAGAUUGGUAUUUGAUAAGGUUGGGGAGAGGAGAAGGUAUACUGUGACGUUUGUUUCAAAGAAAGGGAUUAGUCCUCCUAAGGAAGCGUUUGGUUCGCUGGCUUGGAACAAUGACCAGCACCAGGUGACGAGCCAGAUUGCAUAUUCAUGGCCACAGCUACUGCUGCAGUAGUAGAAACAAAUGGUGGGCCGACCGACCGACCGGAGUUAAUGAUAGCUUGUUGUUUGGAAUCAAGUAAAUUUUAAAUUUAAAUCUACUAGCCGUUGAA